AUGAAUAAGCAGUGCUCUGAGCGAAUCAUUUUCCUCCAUGGAGAGAUUCUCUACUACACUCACAAAAUGAAAAAGCUCAAUCAAAUUAACAAACGAUUUCAUGGAACCUUGUCCUCCAACUUCUCUGAUCACGUUGAUGAAUUCUGCAGGUUGUUUCAACUAAUGCGCAAUUGCAUGGUAGACUGUGAAAAUGGUCUUUGCGACCACUCAAGACAAGAAAUGCUUCUCGAUCAAGCACAGCAGACGCUCGGACGCAUUGAACAAGCUUUUGUUAAUAAAGUGAUGGAGAAAUAUCAGGAAACUGUUCACGAAAUUGAAAAUGACCAUAGAGCCAUAGUGAUCAUGAAUGUGGAUGAGAUUGGUGAAGAGGCCAAUGUUAACAAUCAAGAAAACAGUUCACCUGAAGAAAGCGAAGACGAUAUUCCACAAUUUGCUGGAAUUCGUUUCAGAAUCGAAGCUAUCAAGCAGGCACUGGUGGAUAAAAAAGAAUUAGAGGACAGCUAUCGUCGAGAUUUUUCUGGAAAUGUUGAAAAAAAGGCAGACAGGAAAAACAAAGUUGAGGCUGUUCUUAAAGGCGCAAAAACUGUUAAUCAUGGCAAGGAAGCAGCAAUUUCUAAGGACUCGGAAGAUGCCGUGGCAGAGGUUGGAUUUAUAGAUGAAUGCACAGGAUCUGAGAAGCGGGAUGGUACCAAUGAUGAUGAUGGUGGUGAUCACGGAGCAGAGGUUGAAAAGCAAGAAGACAUCGAGUAUGGAGUUGCUAGUGAAGACGUUGAGGAUGUUAAGGAUGGAGCAAUUGAAGAAGAAGAAGCUGUCAUUGAGUUCGCAGAGGCAGCUGAUGAAUUAGAUGAGCAGAUUUUGACAUGCAUCGCCAUGCACAAUAGAAUCAACAGCGAGAUCAAUUCGUAUAAAGAAAAUAUGGAAAACUUCCGAGCGAUUCAAAAUGGUACCAGCAUGGGAGUCAGCGAGGUUUUGAUUAUAACUGAACAAGAAUUGGGAUACCUCACUGAUUCUAUUGCUCAGCAGUUCGCUAACUGCCUCAGUGAUCAAUGCAACCACGCGGAGCUUGAGAACUCUGUAAGCAUGUGCCGUCAGUUCUACGCAAUCAUCAAGAAUGAUCAUGAAAAUACCCUUAAACGAUUCAAUGAGAAAGGUGAUGAAGAAAAGCUUUGGACUGUAAAGGAAGCAAAAGCUCACAUCAAAGAAAAAGAAGGAGCUCCUCAUGACAACGGCAUUGGAAUGAAAAAGAAGGAUAUAAAAAAGGAAGUGAUUGAGGAAGAGGCGACUGACGAAGAAUGUGUUGAUGAUGAUCAAGAUGUCGCUAUAGGAGAUGAUGAGCAGGUGUCUUGCAGAAUCUUACACGAUGAAAUAAAUACUGAAAUCGUACUCUACAAACAAGAAAUGGAGAAAUUUCGAUUGGUUCAAAGUCAUGCCGGUGGUCAAAUUAGUGAAGUUCUCACUAUUACUGAGCAGGAAUUUGCUCAUCUCACCGAUUCCAUUGCUCAGCAAUAUACUAACUGUCUGACUCGCCGUUGUAAUCACGCUGAGCUUAAUAACUGUGCCGACAUGUGUCGUCAGUAUUAUAAAAUUGUCAAGAAGGAUCAUGAGAAUACUAUGAGACGAAUCAAUGCGAAUAACGAUGAUGAGGAGCUCUGGAAGCAAGGCUACGCGGAGUAUUUGAAAAUCAGCCCUGAUACCGUUGAAAGGGAUCUUGAUAUUGACGGCAUGGUCAUAGGUGCCGAAGCAUCGAUGGAACCAAAACCAGACAGAGUUGCUCUGGAAGAUGUUGAACAAAACGCAAUCAAAGGAGAAGAGAGUGAGCCGGAAAGUGGAUCGUACGGAAGAGGGGCGUACAUGUGA